AUGUCUAAACAAUCGGGAAGAGGUGGAGGACAGAGACAACAAUUACCUCAAAGACCAUCAUCCGGUAACGAUGAUUCUAGAGAACACGUUUUACAUUUUCUAUUCGACAGACCUGCAGAACCUGUAUUUCUACCAAAAGGUGAUAACAACGCAUUGUUCGAUUUGCCAACGGAUUACAUAGCUGAAGAAUAUCGACCGGCUAGAGAAGGUUUGGUCAAUCGUAUAAAAGAUGAUAUUGGAGAAAACAUACCUGUGAGAAAAAUAACAUUACCGGAUUUUACACCGAUAUUACGUUUGAGUCGUCGCGAACCAUUUUCACUUUUUAUUCCACAACAUAGAAAAUUAGCUGCGAGAUUGAUCGACAUUUUCCUCGGAAUGAGAAGUUACGAAGAUUUUUUAUCCGCUGCCGUUUUUGCAAGAGAUCGUGUUAAUCCUUAUUUAUUCAUUUACGCAUUAUCGGUCGCCAUUAUUCACAGAUCGGAUACGAAAAACGUUCAGUUGCCACCACUUUACGAAAAUUUUCCGGAAAAAUACAUGGAUGGAGGAAUAUUCAAACGUGCGAGAGAAAUCACGAGCGUUUUAGAUCCGAGCGAAAGGACUCCGAUUGAAAUACCACGUGAUUACACAGCAUCCGACAUAGAUCCGGAACAUAAAGUUGCUUAUUUCCGAGAAGAUUUAGGUAUAAAUCUUCAUCAUUGGCAUUGGCAUUUGGUAUAUCCAUUCGAUGCCGACAUUAACAUCGUUAACAAAGAUAGAAGAGGAGAACUUUUCUAUUACAUGCAUCAACAAAUAAUUGCCAGAUUUAAUUUCGAACGUUUGUGUAACGAUCUUCCGAGAGUUGAAAGACUCACGAGUUUUCGCGAACCCAUACCGGAAGGUUACUUUUCCAAAUUGGAUAGCUUGGUAUCGAGCAGGAGUUGGCCUCCGAGACAUUCGAAUGCAGUUUUAAGCGACGUGUAUCGUGAAAUUGAUCAAAUCAAAUUCGAUUUAAGCGAUUUAGAAAGAUGGAGAGAUAGAUUACUUGAUGCCAUCGCUCAGGGUGCAAUCCAAGACGAAAAUGGCAGAAGAAUCGAAUUGGAUGAAACUACGGGUAUCGACAUACUGGGAAAUCUAAUUGAAUCGAGUGUCAUAUCGAGAAACAGGAAUUAUUAUGGAGAUUUUCAUAAUUUUGGACAUUUGGCCAUAUCCCUUUGUCACGAUCCCGACGCGAGGCAUUUAGAAACUUUUAGCGUGAUGGGUGAUCCCGCGACGGCCAUGAGAGACCCAAUAUUUUACAGAUGGCAUGCAUACAUAGAUUACAUUUUCCAACAGCAUAAGGAAACUUUACCACCUUAUACCGAACAAGUCCUCGAUUAUUCUGGAAUUAGAAUCACGGGAUUGGAAGUUAUAACAAACGGACGUAAUAGAAAUGAACUAUCGACAUUUUGGGAACAAAACGAUGUGAAUUUAAGCCGCGGAAUGGAUUUCACACCCAGAGGAAAUGUUUUUGCAAGAUUUACUCACUUACAGCAUCUCGAUUUCGUGUACCGCAUAAACAUUGAAAAUAACACUGGACAAAAUCGUGCUGGAACAGUUCGUAUAUUCUUAGCUCCUAAACUUGACGAAAGAGGUCUUCCUUGGUUGUUUGCAGAUCAAAGACACAUGUUUAUUGAAUUGGAUAAAUUUCCAGUUGCUUUGAAGAGCAAACAGAAUACAAUCGAACGUAGCUCGAUCGAAUCAUCUGUCACGAUUCCAUUCGAAGCAACAUUUAGAGAUUUGGACAUGAAUAGACCGAGUGGUGGUAAACGUCUCGAACGUUUUAAUUUCUGCGGUUGCGGUUGGCCCCAACACAUGCUCAUCCCCAGAGGUGCAACCGAUGGAUUCCAAUGCGUUUUAUUCGUUAUGAUUUCAAACAUUGACGAUGAUAGAGUAGGUGCCGCAACGAGUAAUCAACGUGGAUUCGAUGAUGCUGCAAGUUACUGCGGAGUUAAAGAUUCAAAAUAUCCAGAUAGGAGACCCAUGGGAUUCCCAUUUGAUCGUCCUCCGAGAAAUAACGUGGAUACUUUGGGUGAAUUUUUAACGCCGAACAUGAGAACGGCCGACGUACGAAUUUUCUUUCAAGAUCGAGUAGAAGCGAGACGAGCUAAUCAAUUACCCGAAGGAAAAAAGUCCAGGCCUUGA